AUGCAGGAGUUCCUCGACAAAGACUCCCAGAGCACUGUUCUUGCUACUUGCUACAGUGUUGAACCGUCGACCUCCAAGGUCCACGGCUUCCACUACUGCACUACCCCGGGCGCCGGGGUACAGUGUCCUCCCUACGACAUGAUCGAUUCCCGCGCGGAACGAACCUGGCCUGGAAUUAGGCCAGAGUACAAAGGGGAGGCAACGCAUAACAUCCCGGAAGAGUGUGAGAGGCUCUUCUGUGACAGACUGUCUGCGACAUUCCUGGGUGAGAGGAAUUCCGCGGGACAGGAGUCACUGGGGAUGGAUGCGUUCCAAAAUAUCCAGUCAAACCAAAUCGGGCACCGGAAUGAUCGAAUCAAGCGAUGGACAGAAGUGUGGGACUACUCUAGUGAUGCUAUCUACCGCGGAUUUGUGGCCGAACACAAUAAGGAGCGGACAUUGUUUGUCUUCUUUGAGGACCGUGCAGUUGAACACGGCCUGAAGUCAGGUGUCCUAGGCUGGAAGUAUGUUGCUGCUGAAGAAGAGUCGCAGCGGUACAAGGUUGGCAAGUUCAUUCUGGAAACCAAGAAAAUUGCCGCCUCUUCAUGCUGGGAAUCCCCCUCCGGUGUGGAUCAGACUAUGCAAGCCGAUCUCCAAAAUGAAAUCAAAUCUGGCCCAGCAGAUACUGAGUUUGACAGCCAGGACGAAGAUGAGUGUGAGGACUUGUUCGCUGGAAUCUGGAGCCCUGGACUUGCUGCACGUCGAAGAAAUCGUGACAUCAAACGUCGUACUGCGAUGUGGGGAAUCUCAUAA